CAAAACAUUUGUAGCUUUCUCGCGCAGAUUUGAAUUAAAUCGUUUGCGUUUUUCAAGUAAUGGCUGAAGUGUUAGAAAGAGCAAAAUUAUAUUAGGUAACCGGUACCAAUAAUACGAGAAAGUGUGUGCUGUUGACUCGAGUAUUUCGUUUGGACGCUGUUAUUUCGGUGUAGGUUUUUCGUUGCUUUAAAACUCAUGGGUACGUACAGGCCUACCAUAGAACACGAAAACGUAUAUUAUAAUUAGUAGUUUUAUAUCUGAACCUCUAAUGCAUGAAGCAUAAGGGAUGCAUGCAAAAUUAAUCUCCAACGACGUUUUGGCUGGAAUCACGGGAGUAACGCAAAGCAAUAAAAAAAUAAAGAAAGUCGGCCACAUCUACUAAGCGACAUGCGCACCAUGUCAGUCCUACCAGCUGAUAAGAAAUGCGGCAAACAUGGAUGGCGUUAUCGGAGAGACGUUGAUACGCUGAUCAUCUUGAAAUUAUCUAUGUUAUUUUUCUCCUUGAAUGGUAACAACGUAUCAAGUGAGAAUAUUGGUGGCGAAGUGACAAAAAAUUUGACUCUUAGUUUAUGUAGAUCAAACUCGAACACAACAUACUCCGGAGUAAUGGAUGAAGCCGGUGACAGUUCUGGAGUUGAAUUGGUAGAAGAUGGAUUUGGAUUUCUUGUUGUCGAAGGCCAAGAUGGUAAUACAUGUUCAGAAAUUGUUCGAAGGUUUACAAUGACAAAUCAGAAUGGAAUGACUGUACAAAUCAUUACAUACGGUGGAAUUAUUACAUCCAUUCAAGUACCAGAUCGUAAUGGAGAAGUUGAUGAUGUUGUUUUGGGAUUUGACAGUAUGCUUGGUUAUCUGGGUGAAAAAAAUCCAUAUUUUGGAGCUAUAGUAGGAAGAGUUGCUAAUCGCAUUCGUGAUGGAAAAUUCAAAAUUGGCAAUCAGGAAUACAAAACAACACAAAAUCGUGGUGGAUUAACUCUCCAUGGUGGAUUGAAAGGAUUUGAUAAGAAACUUUGGGAAUCACAUGUACAAGGUUCCAAAUUAACAUUAAGCUAUCUCAGUAGUGAUGGUGAGGAAGGAUUCCCAGGAACUUUGCUCACACAUGUAACAUACCAACUUACACCACUUAAUGAACUCAUAGUAGAAGUUAAAGCAACCACUACUAAGCCCACCCCAGUGAACAUUGCUGGUCAUUCAUAUUUUAACCUUGCUGGACAUAGCUCAGGUUCAGAGGGCUUGUUACAACACCAUGUCUCUAUUAAUGCUGAUCAAUAUACAGUAACAGACUAUUCAAGUGUCCCAACAGGAGAAAUUAAAGAUGUGCUUGGCACUCACAUGGACUUACGAGUUCCAAGGCUGCUAAAAGAGGUACUACCUCUUAUCCCAGGACUUGGAUUUGAUAAUAACUUUUGUGUUAAAAAGGCUGCAGAAGGGGAAAUGAAUUUUGUUGCAAGUGUGAAACAUCCUGGCACAGGCCGUGUUCUUGAUGUGUUUUCGAAUCAACCUGGUGUUCAAUUUUAUACUGCUAAUUACCUACCUGAUCCAAAUGCCUCAGAAGAUGAAAAACUAAGAGGAAAGGAGGGAGUGCCUUAUGAAAAAUGGGGAGGCCUUUGCCUUGAAACACAGAAUUACCCUGAUGCAGUUAACAAUCCCAAUUUCCCUGACAGCAUUUUAAUACCUGGGAAAGAAUAUUUUCAUAGAUUUGUGUACCGUUUUGGUAUUUCUGAUUGAGUAUUGGCACAAUAAAUGUGAUUCAAUAUUCAAAAGAAUGAGGUGAUGGAUGUCUAGUUCCUGAACUUGCAUUUCUUUUUAUUUUGUUUCAUGGUGUGUGUAUAUUUGUAUAAAUUUGGUCUCAAACUGUGUUUUACUGUUCGCAGCAUUAAACGUUUAUUUUCUUAUUGGUCUUUGUUUGAAAUAUACAUUAUACACUUCCUUUGUGACUCAUUUUUUAACCUUGUUGCAUACUUGCGACUUGAAGACUGAAUGCCUCUACACAUGUACUUUGUCAGACUGCCCAAGCAAUCUGACAAACAGCAUUACCACCAUACUGCCCAACCACUUAUUUUGGACCAGGCCCCAACCUACAGUGAUACAGACCUUGGAACGCUGUCCCAAAUAUGAAAGUUAUUUAAUCAGAAAGUUCUGUGGUGUAUUGGGUAGUUGAGGGACUCUUAAUUAUGAAAAUGAAGUCAACAAUUUCAAAAGAAAAGUUGUGAAUCCAAUAUAGUGGAAAAACUUGAAAGCAAAUUUGAUGAAAGAAAUUCAAUGAAAUGAGAAUGCAAAUUUAUUCACAAAAUCGCUAAUGUUUGAGGAUUUUGCCAAUAAUAUAAGAAUGAACUUAACAUCUAAAAAAGUCUGCGUUUAUUUUCCAAUUAUAUCAAUUACAUGC